UACCCCUGCUCCAGAGACUCCUUCAAGGUCUUCUGUAAUUUUACUACUGGAGAGACAUGUUUGUACCCGAGCAAGGACGUCAACACGGUGGAGAUGAGCUCCUGGGACAAAGAGACUCCAGGAUCGUGGUACAGUCAGUUUUCCACUGGUAGUAAGUUCUCCUACGUCAACUCUAAUGGUGAGCCCGUGGGCGUGGUCCAGCUGGGCUUCCUGCGCCUCCUGAGCAUCCAGGCCCGUCAGAACCUCACCUACCACUGCCACCGCUCCGUGGCCUGGGCCGACCAAAGUGCCAGGAACAACUACCAAAGGGCGCUGCACUUCCUGGGUGCCAACGACGAGGAGCUGAGCUAUGAGACCAACCUGUACAUCAAAGCCUUGAUCGAUGGCUGCUCUGUACAAGGGUGA